AUGACUGGUCGCAGUCCGUCUCCAUCUCGCGGGUUGAAAAGAACUGCAGACGAAGCUUUCAACAGAGCGCCGCCACCCAUUCGUGCUCUCCAUCAGGAUGUUGUCAACAAGAUCGCUGCUGGAGAAAUCAUUGUCUCGCCCUGGAACGCAUUGAAAGAACUUAUCGAAAAUGCUGUCGAUGCUGGAGCGACCACGCUUGAAAUUCUGGUCAAGGAUGGUGGGCUGAAGUUGCUGCAGAUCAGUGACAACGGCCAUGGUAUAAACAAAGCCGACUUGCCUCUUCUGUGCCAACGGCAUACUACCUCUAAGAUCAAGGAGUUCGAGGAUCUCACUUCGAUUGGCACAUAUGGAUUCCGUGGCGAAGCUCUUGCAAGUAUCAGUCACAUCGCUCAUCUGACAGUCACUACGAAAACACGGGAGUCAAGUUGCGCAUGGAAAGCCUACUACACAAACGAAAACCUCACUCCAAUAAAGCCUGGACAGACUGCAGACCCCAAGGCCACUGCUGGCAAACAAGGAACUCAGAUCACCGUCGAGGAUCUCUUCUACAACGUACCAACUCGUAGACGAGCAUUCCGUUCCAGCAGCGAAGAGUAUGCUAAGAUUCUGGAUAUCAUCGGCAAAUAUUCAGUCCACUGCAAAGGUGUCGCAUUUUGCUGCAAGAAAUAUGGCGAGGCUGGAACAAGUCUCAAUGUGCAAAGCCACCUUAGCAUGGUUGACCGCAUCCGUACUGUGUUCAACAGUGCAGUGGCGAAUGAUCUGAUCCCAUUCGAGGUCGCUAACGAUCGCUGGGGAUUCAGGGCAGAUGGUCUAAUCAGCAGUGCCAACUAUUCAGCAAAGAAGUCUACUUUCUUGCUAUUCAUCAACCACCGCUCAGUCGAAUCAACAGCAAUACGCAAAGGCAUUGAGGGGGUUUACACACAAUUCUUGCCAAAGGGAGCCAAGCCGUUCGUCUACCUAAGUCUUGACAUUGAUCCCGCCAGAGUUGACGUCAAUGUUCACCCCACCAAGCGUGAAGUUGGGUUCCUGAACGAGGACGAAAUUAUCGAGAUAAUCAAAGACGAGAUCGCUACCAGACUAGGUGCAGUUGACACGAGUCGCACAUUCAUGACACAGUCAUUGCUGGGUCCGAAGAAGACGACAACGCCCAUGACACCAUCAGCUCCAAUUCAGCACGAGCUGUCGUUCUCUACUCCACUGCUCCAACACCAAGAUAGCACAGGCUCUGUUGCAUCCACAACCCCAAGAACGGCAUCAAAGCCGUAUGAGAACAGCCUCGUGAGAACUGACUCACGUAUUCGCAAAAUCACCUCCAUGCUCCCUCCAACCUUGACUUCCUCACCGAGCAAAGGCAGUAGAGCGGAAGGACAUGAAGGCCCCACUGAAGAAGCAGAGUACGAGUUUGUCGAAAAACAACCGACCACGAUUCGACUCACCUCGAUCAAGGACCUCCGUACUGCCGUGCGAGACGAAACCCAUAAUACUCUGGACGACACAUUUAGAGAUCUUACCUUCGUGGGCAUCGUAGACACCUCCAAGAGGAUUGCAGCAAUUCAAUCAGGGGUCAAGCUUUUCCUAGUCGAUUACGGCAUGAUCGGCGCCGAAUUCUUCUACCAAAUCGGCCUAUCAGACUUCAGCAACUUCGGCACCAUCAAAUUCAAACAGCCCUUGAGCGUUGCAGAUCUCUUACGCAUAGGAGCAGAGUACGAGCGCUCCCGCACACCCAUCGACGAACAAGAGUUAGACUGGAACGAGGUUGUGCAAGUGACUCUUGAUCAACUAGUGCAGAGUCGAGGCAUGCUCAAUGAGUACUUUGCCCUCGACAUCUCAGAGGACGGCGAAUUGCUCAGUAUUCCUCUGAUGCUCAAGGGAUAUAUGCCUUGUCUCGCUAAGCUGCCUACCUUCCUGCUGCGUCUGGGCCCUCAUGUCAAUUGGGAUGAUGAGAAGGAUUGCUUUGAUAGCUUUCUUCGCGAGCUGGCAUCCUUCUAUUCUCCCGAGGCUUUGCCGGUGGCAGCAGUGACUGCGACGGCAUCUCAAGGUGCACAGGAAGAAGUGAGCAGACGUCGCGUCCAACUCGAGAGAUCAAUCGAGAAUGUCAUGUUUCCUGCCUUCCGGACAAGGCUGGUUGCAACGAAAAGUCUCAGGAAAGCUGUCGUUGAGGUGGCAGAUCUCAAGGGACUGUACCGUGUGUUUGAGAGAUGUUGA